AUGUCAGGGUACUCGCCUACAGAUGUGGCUGGUGGGAGAGGCGAUAGACAAUUACUAGCAGGACAACCUCCGUCCUUCAAGACAAAUGUCAACCGCCAGAAAACUAAGCGCUGGGUAAAUGCAAAGUCUUAUUCGUACGAUGGUGACGAAUGGGGUGAUAGCGAUGAAUAUGCAGAUGAGGAACCUGUUGCCCCUUUAGCUACUGUCCCCGAUGAAGCAGAACCCGCAUCCCCACUCGAUACCCAAGAAAACAAACAAAAUAUCCAAGCAAAUGUCCCUGCGCAACGACGUGCGGAUCACAGUGACUCAUCGAAACCUCUGCUGUUCAUUCGCCCCGCUGAUAUAUAUAAACGCAUGGAAGAGGAGAGACAAAAGCAGAAUAAGAAGGAAGAAGAUCAAGGCAGUACUUCUGGUACACCAGUUGACGCAUCAAACGCUGCACAGGUUGCAGUUCCCGCAGACAGUGCUUCAAAAUUACCUGUACCUGCAGAAAGUCCCCAGGUGCAGCAAAACCCUGACAGCGGCAGGUUACCAUUACAUUCGCCAAAGAACCGACCUCAAUUAUCAGAGCAAAGGAAACCGGCUUCCCCAACCCUCCCUGUCGAAAAGCCUGUUGCCGGACCUGCGGAUGAGUCUAUAGGAGGUGCGUCUACUUCACAAGGCCGGGAUAGUCACCAACCGAUUGAGGAGAAGCAAGAACAACAACAGCUAUCUGAAGGCACAGAAUUACACCAUAACCCAUCUCUUGGUUUCCGCUCUGUUGUCCAUCAGGCGUUCGAUGAACCCCCAGAAACCCCAAGUACAACAACCAGUAGCAUCCCCAGGUCAGAUAGUGCCAGUACCUCUAUGAUCAGCCCAAUAAUCCAAUCCCAUCCGUCCUCCAGCUUUGGAGGUGUACUUGGGCCGGGCCAAUCAUCCAGUGAUCAGACUCCAACAAUUGAUGAAGAGCCUGUGGGCUUUAAACCGGGCCAUAGGCGGAGCUUGUCCCCUCCCAAUUCCGGAAGUAGCCCUGCUAAAAAACCUAUUGUCCAAUGCACUGUCCAUCCCGCCAAAUCUCAGUUGGGGGGAGUUUCCAUAGUUGGCACGCCUGAAGCCAAGCCGACCGAUACCCGAGGUGGAGAAUUUCAUGCAUCACCUUCACUAACGGCAUCGGACAUUGAAACCCCCAAACAAGCAGCGACACCAUCGUCAAUUCCAGAAAGUGCGCCCACAGCCCCUACCAAGGGCGCUCGGCCUCCGUCACCAACUAGUCGCCAUGCCCUCCAACAACCUACGCAUCCACCUCCUCCCGCACCCCAGCGGGACGAGAACGCUCGUAUGCCACCGGCGCUUAAUGUAGGUGGAGGAGAAAAGCGAAUUUCACAGGUGCAAUAUUAUCAUCCUGCAUCACAAAAUGUCUCGCCGUCUAGCCCCGAUAAUGUAUCACCAGGCGUCCAUGAUCGGCUAAGAGAUGAAAUUAUGCAGUCGCUAAGCCCGCAUGUUUCAAUUACCCUUCAGGCCCAAGAUAAGGCGGCGGUUGGCUCUAACUCUAUCGUGGCAGCUACAUCAGACAAGCCUCCGCUAGAGACUUUACAUACUACUAUCCUGAAUCCUCAACAACCUCCACAAAGCCCUGAUAUGCAAACGUCUCAUGCCGCGCCAGUUUUCUCCGACCGUGGUCCUGACUACAACUCCGGUCUUGCAGGCCAGAAUGAACCCGCUAUGACGCUAAAGAAACGGUUUUCUUGGGAAGAGUCAUCGAUUGAAGACAAUAACCAGGAACCCCCGGAGCUUCAGCAGCUAACUAUUAAUCCAGCCAUGGCCCCAGAUAUUACACGAGAAUCCGUAGGAGAAAGAACACCAACUGGUCCGGAACGAGUUAGUGGAGACCUCAAUGGACAACAGGCUGAGAGGAGCCCGGAUACGGAUCCAAGCCAAGCGGCUGUUGCCCCAAGCCCAACAGCUAGGGCUGAAGUAAGCCCAAGUCAAAAUCUCACAGAAUAUGAAACCCCAUCCGUCCAACCGCAUGACAAUCUACCUAUCCAGCCAGCGUCUGCUGGAGGUUCUCCUAGCAUCCCUGCUGAGCUUCAGUCUGCAGCCCAACUCCCAGCAAUACAGGAUCAUAGAUUACUCGGCUUCCGCCAAAUCAUGGCCAUAGACAAGCCCAACGAGAAGAUUAAAACGUUCGAGCGUACCAGAAAACAAUUCGCAGAUAUGGACACAGGCCUGUCAUCCUGGAUAAAUGCAACAACCAGCUCAAACCCCGAUCAUGCGGACUUGGCUCAGCGCAACGGCCUCCUCCCACCAGGAACCACCUUUGGGCAUAGACCUAGCGCGUCGCGGAAUAAGUUCCCCAAACUCACAUCUUUAGGUAACCUUUCGCUCCAAACGUCCCAUAACGAGGGAUCUCCAACAACGCCGCCGACGACAGCCGGCGGGCAUACACGACAUGCAUCCGGCGCCAACCAAUUUUCCACGAAGAUCAACACCCAGCAGGUGCAGGCCAAGGGUAAAGAUUUGCUUCAUAGCGCCGGUGUACUGGGCGGGAAGGCCGGAGGAGCGGCCAAGGGGCUCUUUGCAAAGGGGAGGAGCAAGUUCCGGAACAGCACGAGUACUGAUAAGGUAAAUUCCUCCCGCCCCGGCACCGCACGGCGCAGGUCAAGCUCCACCCCAAGCCUUGAGACACAGCAGCAACGUGACGUAUCCAACAACCAGCAGACCGCGGCCGCGGUUGACAAGCCACUACCUCGCCUUUUAUCGCUCAAGUUAGAUCGCGCGCCGUUUUCCAAUGAUAUGACGACGACAUGGGAGGAACAUGAAACGACGACGGCGACGACAUCCGGUGCCUCGCUGUCUCCUGAGCCGCAAACUGCGAUAAUGUGGGCCAGUGGUACUGGCAGCCCUAAAAGUGAUGGUCUUUCACCGGCGCCGACGCUGGGGCAGCUGCCGCUGAAGACGGAGAGGAAUAGCUGUCCCGUCCCGCUGGUGUCACCGGUUGUGUCGCCUGUUGAUGUUGAGUCUGCGGGGUUGGUUGGGACUUCUGGACCGAAUGGGUUUAAGGAUAGGAGUUUGCAGGAGGAGGAGCAGGAGCAGGAGCAGGAGCAGGAGCAGGAGCAGGAGCAGGAGCAGGAGCAGGAGCAGGAGCAGGAGCAGGAGCAGGAGCAGGAGCAGGAGCAGGAGCAGGAGCAGGAGCAGGAGCAGGAGCAGGAGCAGGAGCAGGAGCAGGAGCAGGAGCAGGAGCAGGAGCAGGAGCAGGAGGAGGAGCAGGAGCAGGAGCAAAAGCCGGAGCCGGAGCCGGAGCGGGGAGGAGAUAUCGAUCUGAAAAGGGAUUUGACGCUGCCGGUUGGGGAUGUGGUUUUGGAGCCUCCGGUGAAUGUGCAAGAAGAAGCGGUGGUGUGGAGAGAGAAGAACGAAGAGGCCCAUGAAGAGGUGGAAGGGGUGGUUAAAGAGAAGGCUAAGGAGGACGUAGAGGAGGAGGUUAGGGACGAGGCUAAGAAGGACUUUGAAGAGAUUAAAGAUGAGGUAAAAGAUAAGGUUGAAGAGGUAAACGAAGUGGUUAAGGAGGGGUUGAAACGAGAGCCACAAGAGCCACAAAAGCUAGUGCAACAGCUGCAAGAGCCGCAGUGGGAAUUGCAAGAGUUGGAAGAGCACCGGGAGGGAGUGAAACCAGAACCGCAAAACGAGCCACAGCAGAGCGGACUUGAGGUACCAGAAUACAAACCACAAAAGGCGGCGCCGAAUCAGUUGCAACGGGAAGCGCAACCGAAAGUACAACCUGGAGUUCAAUCAGAAACUCAAGAAGAUGUAGAAAGUCCCACUGAUUCUGUGGACGAACAGCGACCAACUUCAUCCGCAGCGCUCUCAAUGGCGGAUAACAGGACUUCUUUUAUGCCAUCUGAUUAUGCCACCUACACUAGCCCACCAGUUGAGGAAGCACGAGCUGUCAAAGUCAUUGGCCGGAAGGCAAGCGUAAUUACUUCAGAAUUACGCACCUUUAUCUCACGCGAAAUCAACAUUGGCAGAAAGGGGAAGAUUCAACCGACUCCAGCAGUCGAACCAACUGGGGACGCUGAAGGGAGUGGUCAACCACCCCAUCCGCCAUCAGGUAGUGAAAAUGAAAGUGGCCGCGAGCUCUCCGACUCAACACAGGCCACACCUGAAGCCGGUCUCCCGGACGACCAACGUAGCGAUACUGACGCCAUUCGUCAUUCGCAGCCGCGACCAGUCAUUUCCCUGCAACAUGUGGAACAGAAUACUAACCGUAGAGAUACGGUCUCGUCCUCCAGAUCAGAGUCAAAGGAGCCCCGAUAUAUAGGGGUUGAUAAUACUGCGCAGCAGGUUCCGCCAGCACCGAAGAGCCCACCACCAACGCCUGCAAAUAAGAUCAAGACAUUACCAUCUGUGUCUCCCGAGAACAAACCAGUGUCUGUCCGGCCAGAUAGCUAUAACUCUGGGAACCAGCCUGCUGAGCAGAUCCAAUCCCAGCCAAAACCAGCUGCCGCCAAAUCCACGGAACUUAAUACUAUCGCAACGUCGAAACCCAGUCUCCUUCCUCCUGUGCCGGAUACAACCGCACAGCGUUUAGCGGUAGAACGUGAAUUAACUUCUGGCGUCACCGAGGGAAAGCCUACUGAUCAACCAUCUGCUGCGCCAUCUGUUAAGCCCUCCGUUCCAACGGAGACUCCUAGUGAACGCCUCACCAGUCCUCCGGUGACCCACCCAAAACGAUUUGCUGGCUCUGUCAGGGAGGGGCGCGCGUCAACUCAGUUGAUCCGCGAGUACGCUGGCAACACUUCAUCAAAACCCGCAACUGUACAAGAGGAGUUUCGCCCAGGCUCGGCUAUGGCUAACUUGAUGUCUAAAGUAUCUUUUUCCCGUCAGGCAGCUGAUCGGCGUGCGAGCGCUACUGGACAAUCCAACGAGAAGAGCUGGAGCAAUCGGUUCCAGUCCUUUAAGGUUGAUUCAGGUCUUUCAAAAACCAGAAGCGCGAGCGCUCUCGCAUCCGGGGACACCCAACGUGCCUCGCCUAUGUCUGUUUCGAAUCCCAGCGACCCAACCAAUAAUCUGCCGAACAACCAAUCUCCAGUUGGUAAAGUAAAAAUCCACGGCAAAUUUAUUAGGGGUGCCAGCCGUCUUGCUCAGAAUGCUGGUGAGAUGAAGAAGAACAUGCCUAGAGUGACUGGUUUGUUUAACCGCCAUUCCAGGCAUGCCGAGCCCGUUGCUAAGUUACCCCACACCCCUGAGUAUUCUCCACAACAGUAUGAAACACAGGUCACAGCUCUCCCGCAGCCGCAGCCACAGCAACAGUCAUACCCACACAUAUAUCCGAAUAGGCAUUCCAACACAAUGCCACAUAACUAUCAUCAACAGCAGCAAACUAAUCAACUCCAAACACAAUCAAUGACUCAAUUCGGUGGGCGCCAAUCAGUUACUUCGCAGCAAUCCUAUACCCAGGACAACACGCACUCUAGUCGCAGCAGCCAUCCUGCGAGUAUCAUAUCUCACACCACUGUUCUUGCCCAUGCGACACCGCCUGGGAACCCUCAGUCCUAUGUGAACAAUCCCCAGUUGCGAUCUCAGAGCCCAAUGUCGUUUAUCCAGUUCCAGAACGGGCACGUCCCGGCAAACAUGCCCGCUCAACACUCAGCCCGCACCCAGUCCCCCGAUCCGACUCAGCAUCCACUCCCCGACUCCGCGACAAUGUCGCCAGCCGCUUCCCCACCACCCGAAGGCUCUUCAUAUCCACAUAGGGCACCGCAAGAUCGGAACUAUAAUCACACUCCAUCGCAUAAUAUCGCAGGCCCUGGCAAGUAUAUCGAGCCAGUUGAAUUGCCCGUCCCGAUUCCCGGGGAUGACUCCAGCGAGGAAAUUGUUAUGUCCAGUACCGCAUAUCCUGGGCAAGAAUGGCAUCCAGAAUACUAUAUGGACUACUAAGCCGAUACCCAGUGUUGUAUUUUUGAAAGAUAUAUAUCUAUACUUUGUUGAUACCCGCGCCCAGUACCCUUCGGUCGGUUUCUUAUUGCCUUAUUCAAGGGAUGGUAGGUAUUCUUUUCUUCCAUUUUUGACCAUGUUUUUCAUGUUUUUCAUAUUUUUGAACUUUAUUCUUGACUUCUAUAUCCCCAAUUGGUAUAGCGUUGAACGCUUCAUUUAUCAUUUGUAUAUUCUGGCUAGAUUUUACUGUAUUCCCUUUCGUUUUUACUUGGCCUUUUCCUUUUAUCUCUAUCUUCCCUAUUCUCGGCUCCCCACUACCCUCCAUAUUAUUUCGGGCCAUUUUUUUUUGAAUCGUUUUCCUGCUUGGAACCCAUGGCGCUCGAUGCGCGGCUCAUCUUUAUCUUAUUAGUUAUGGACACACCUUCGCUUCCUAUGAAUCUUAUCCCUUUCUCUCCUUUGUUCGUUUCCUGGUGAAUGUAAUGUUCUUACAACCUAGAGCUCUUGAUCAGCAUUUAUUUCUCAUUGGUUUAUUUUUAUUUCGCUAUGCCUUCGGUUUAAGCAUCGAAAAUGGCCGAAAAAUUUCAGCUUCUCGAUCCCUGAAAAUAGAUCCGUGAAAAAACCUUUCCUUGAAACAAACCCUAUUUUGAUUAACACCCAAGGUGGCAAUUGAUCCAGUCAGCUCCAUUUUGAUUCCCCAACCAGAAUCGGGCCAUAAUCUAAAGUUUCAAGGGACGAGAAUGAGACACACAGUCUGUUUUUUCUCCGCCCCUUCUCUCAGUUUCCAAUGUUUUCUCGUAGCACUUUUCGUUCGCCCAUUGACGUGACGUCAUGAGGAACGGGUUUUCGAACGAGCCACAGCAACGUUAUCGUUCCGCAAACCUUAGGUUGCCACAGCAACUGACGAAUGAGAGCACGUGCCAAGCACACGGGGUUUUGAAAUCCACAAUGACGAUGUGCUAUUUUGACGUGAAAUUCAGGCUGGACGCUAGGUCAAUGAAUUGAAUGGGGAAAAAUGUUACGAAGUGGAGGGAGAGCGAAAAUUAUUUCUGUUGAAACUCAUAUACUUCAAUUGCACAUCUAUCAAAGUUGUCAUGGGGAUCAUGGCGCAGCGAUCUACAUGGCUCUAGCUACCUUGUCUAUCUAAUCAAGAAACAAUUGGCCUGUGAAGGAUGUUGCCGUUGCAAAGAAAGGGGGGGGAAACAGAGAAGAAAGAGAAGGUAAAAAUCAAUAUAUCCAAAACCCGAUUGCUUGCAAUAGAAAAUGCAGAAAAUGAUAGCAGAGAGAUGAUCAUCAAAGGGCAUUCCAGGAAGGAUGGCAGCAGCAUAUGCAUUUGCCGGCAUCUGCCGGACGUCUUUGUAUGUGGUAAUGUAAUCCCUCACGGGGAAUAGCGGACGAAUCGAUAUCGUGUAAAAGAAUGCCGACGCGGCGAUGGGAAGAUCGGGGAUUGCCAUUGAGAGCAGCUCUCGCAUGCACUCAUGAGCCAAAUGGGGUUGAUUGAUUUGGGACAAUCUCCUUCCCUAGCAGGUUUUCAAUGCAGAGGAAAAGAGGGGGUGAAGGGCUGGCGGUGGGGGUGGUGGGGUGGUGGGGUGGCAGUGGUGGUGUGUCGAGUUGAGCAAGUCGAUCGACCAGGGCUGUAGGGAUAAAAAGCCAUCGUUGGUUCGUUAAAUCUACCAGAACCAUCCGCGGGAUUGCUUAAUAUUGCUCAGCCGCUCAUUGAUGGCUUUCAGUUCUGCGGUGCGGUUUUCUUCACUUUGUUUCAUCAUGGCGAGAUGGGCGGCUCUAAGGUCGUCGAAGUCCUUCUCGAGCUUGUUGUGCCAUGGGUAGAGAACGAAGACUUGGAAACAGAGAGCAGAGGAUCCGAUGACGAAGUUGGUGAGGGAGAAGCCUCUUGUGAUGAACAUUGCUGCGGUUGUGUGUUUGUUUGUAUUUUUGCUAUUGGGAAUGGGUUAGCUAUGUUGUUUCCUUACGAUGGUCGAAGCAAAAUUAUGCGCUGCACGUACCGUUGUUGGGAUUCAGUGAGUGGGAAAUGUCAAAGGAGUGAAAGCGACAAGUGUGGAAGAUAAAGGAACGGGAUGGGGAUGGUUGAGUGAAUUGGGUGCAGUGUUGAAUUCGACGGCGGUUUAAAUCCUUAUAUUGAUUCACAUUUCCGGCCGGAAAAACAUUCGGCGUGGCAAGCCCUAACCCACGUGACCCACCCAUAGAUAGAUGAUUACACACCUUCAACCAACGUUCAACAGGUUAUGAGACCCUUAUUGCUAUCUGUUCUAUAGCACUACCAAACAUGCUAUCCUCUCUUUCUCAAGUGUAGAGGUUCGUUCUGUGGGUAGUGGAAAGUCCUCAGCAUAGGCACCGGAAGACCUUGAAUGCAUGUCCUCAAGAUGAGGCAAUCAGAAGUCCUCUCUGACGAUGGAGGCACCUACUCCGUACAUAGUAUGCCAUGACCAAAAGAGUCAAGAAGACAUCACUGAGUUCUCAUGACCAAGAGGAGCCAGCCAUGAGAAUAUUCAUUGUUCAGAGGUCUCUAGUUGAGAUAACUGCUGUUCAGAACUUCUAGCUGGGGUAAUAUAUCAUUGUCAAAGUUCACUAUCAUCACACUCUCUAGCGGAGAUGAUCAUAGAAAAAUUGUCAAGUUCGGAUUCUCUAAGUUAGUUGAGAAUACCUGUUGUUUGGAGCCCCUAGUUGGGGUAACACCGCCAUGUCAAGAAGAAUCAUCAUCCAGAUUCUCAAGUUGAGGAUACCGAAGUUGAGAUAACCGCCGUUCGACCUUCUCUAUCAAAGGAUGAUGGGGCGCUCCUAAUUUUGGAGCAAAUGAUUUCAGAGUUUCGGGUUGUGUACUGGGAAUACAGAGAUGGUUGGGCAUUUGUGUGCUGUGCAUUGAAUUUUACAGUUACUGA